AUGGAAUCACAAUUUACUAAACUUAUUUUACAUACAGAAGUACGAUGGCUAUCGCGUGGUAAAGUUUUGUCCAGUGUACAUGAGUUAAAAAAUGAACUUAUCGUGUUUUUUACUCUUGAAAAUGUACCAGAAUUUUGUGAAUUAUUAACGAACGAAAAAUGGUUGGAAAAUCUAUCAUACUUGGCAGACAUAUUUUCACACUUAAAUCAAAUAAAUUCAUGUAUGCAAGGACCAAAUGAAAAUAUAUUAACAUCGUGUCGUAAGUUAUUUACACUUAAAGAUAAAUUACAAAUCUGGAAAAAACGUGUGCAAAAAAAUCAAUUUGAUAUGUUUCCUUCAUUAUCUGUAACAGAAGAAAGUUCCGAAGUUAUGACAUUUAUAAUGGAGCAUUUGACUGCCUUAGAAGAAAGUAUAGACAAGUAUUUUCCUAAUUUAGAUAUUUUCGACCUUGAAGAAGAAGAAAAGCUCGCUGAAAUACGAAACAAUCGAACUCAUUUAUUAAAAUACAAAAAUGUUUCAUUAAAUGAAUUUUGGAUUCAGGUUGAAAAAAUUCACGCUGAAAUUGGCAAAAAACUUCUAAAAAUAUUACUGCAGUUUUCGACAUCAUAUUUAUGUGAACAAGGAUUUUCCACUCUUGUUAACAUAAAAUCAAAUAAACGAAUGAAAAUGGAGUUCAUUGAAGAAGAAAUGAGAGUAUGUCUUUCAACUAUUCGACCACAAAUAAAAGAUUUGUGUAAAAAAAAACAAGCCCAAGUGUCACAUUAG